AUGGCACUGUUUUUGAGUGUUGCCUGCGUGUGUGUGGCGGCUUCUGAAGAGGAAGAUGAUCUAUCUACUGUUGAUGGUGAUUGUAGUGCUUCAGGCAAGAAGAGUACAAAAUGUGAAAAGAAUACUGGCGUACCUGAAGCUGCUCGUACUGCUUGUCCGGAUCCUCCUGGCAAUGAGAAAUGCCCUGCCGAGGAUGGUGGGAGUAAAGCCGAUUGCCUGAAAGGUUCUGACACUUGUCCAAAGGAACCAGCUCCAACUUCACCAAAGGAACCUGCNNNAUGCCACAUACUUAACGGCAGUAGCCAAAGAGUUCGUCACGAAAAUUAA